AUGUUCGACCCAGAUUCUGGUCCAGCGUUUACGGAGUAUGUCCUGACCCGGGAGGCUCUCACGGCUGAGAGUAAUGCAGACUGGAGCCGGCGUCGUCCAUACCCUUCCUUCAAGCCUCGAGGCACAAAGGGACCUCGAUCUUUGGUAGACAUAGCCAUCAGUGUUGUUGGCGAUAAUUUUGGCAAGAUUCGCUCUAUAACCCAUCUUGAGUCAUUGCCAAAAGCCAUACUAUGGCGCAUUUGGAGGUAUCUCGAGGCAAGAGGAGUGUCUCUCCAUGCUUGGAGGUACCUCUCCAAACUCCUAAUGGAUGAAGGAGAUGAGAAGAAUCUUGGCCUGUACCGCUUUCGACAGCACAUAUGCCAUCCCGGCAACAGUCUCACCCGCUACACUCAACCUCUGACAGCACCGCCCUCAGACUUCAUAACACACAUAGUCAUCGCCGGUGGUUGCACCUUCAAUACCCAUGAUCUUCUAGGUCUGGCAGACAUGCCUAAUCUCGGUGUCCUCGAGAUAAUUCAACCAACAGAGCGGACUGCGUUCCCAAAUAUCUCGGACCGUCUUGUCCGGGGAUGGUCUGAGAAACCUGAUCCAUUUCCCUUACUUCGAGUAUUGCGAAUAUGGGGAGAUGAGACGACAUCCAAGGCAUCUCUACCAUGGGUGUCAAACUUCCCUUCUCUUGCCCUGUACGACGUAAUUGGUGCAAGGGACGCGUGGGACGCCAGUAAGAUGGCAGCGCAAGAACAUGGGUGGGAGCAGGCAGAUGCACCGCCACAUAGGUUGGACGACUCACUGCUGCGAUAUCUCAUGCUCUUUGCGCCGCUGGAAGAAACCCGAGACAGAAAUAUGCGUGACCUCGCUGCAAGUAUCGAUAAUGACUUGGUGUCGUUGUGCAGCGACUCGCGAUGUGCUGUUAAAUUUGUUCAGGAUCGUCAGGCACCACUUCUUCUCAACUACCUGUGCGAUACUGCAAAGGAGAAUGCGCCUUGGUGGGAUAUUGAUGCUGCAUCUCGAGAAGCUCGCACAUGCCACGGAGUUGCAUUUGAGGCUUGGGCAUUCUGGCUUUACUCCUUUCUCGGUCAACUUUGUUCUGAUCAAGAUUUAGAAGCCCGUGGCGCCCUUCCCUACAAGGCUGCAGCAGGUCCCUUCAUUCUACCCUCACGGCCGAUUGCAUGCCUUCACUUGGGUCACACUUCUCAACGCGGUGGUAUUGAUACGAGACCGUCAUAUAUUAGCAGGGGACUAUUCGCAACACGACAAUUCACAUUUACACGGAAAUCUGUCAUUCCGCUCAACGGGAAGAAGCCUGCUACAGUACCGAAGGGAGUCAACUUGGUGUGUUCAGAGAGGUCCGCGCCAAUGCUAGCAAUAAGGAAGGCCAAGAGAAAACGGGUUGUUGAUGUUUUGGAGGAUAUGGGUCUAGGGCGUCCAAAGAAUCCAUGA